UGCUUCAUGAAUAGACCCCAUUAUGCAUAACAAAUAGAGUUAGGGCGAGUUAAAAAGGACAUGAAAUUCUAGUUUCAGGGCACCAUCUCCAGAGCAGUAUUUCACUUUUGCGCCCACUCUCACAGCCCCAGUCCUGUAGCAGCCACAAGCAUCCAUCCUGACAAGUCUCCCCCUCAACUCUCAGCACUUGGCUCCUCCCGAAGCCUUUACAAUUUGGAGGAAAUGGGCGGCGGUACUGGCGCUCUCCGCCAAUGGAGACAGCAGCUUCUCCUCAUCAGCACCACCAAAGAGGGAGAAGAAGAAGCAUCUCCUCACGUCUCCAUCUCCUGACAGAUACAUCAGGCAACGCCAGGGAAAUCAAACCCAGCUCGCCCAGAAGACUGGCAGCGCCGUCCAGGCACGGAGGGGCUAUACCGGCUGGAAUAUUGCCAGCCUGCGGACCUAUACGUAGCAGAGAUAGGGGGAAAAUGGGAAGGUGCCGGCUGCUGUAAGCAGCUCUCCUCCUCAGGAACAGACAGAAGAAGGAUGCUGCAUCUCUGCAAGGUCAGAGUCGCCCAGUGAGACAGAUCAGCGGCCAUCAUCAUAGGCUGCCUCCUUCUCUCCCUCCUCUCCUCUUCCUUCUCUUUGUGCUUGUCUGACACCAAGGAGAAAAAUAUUCAUCGGCCUCCGGCUGGAAGCUAUGCCUGUUCCAGAUCAACCAUCAUGCUCAGAGAAGACUAGUUCAUUAAGCUCAGUGAUGAAUACAUCAAAUGGUGAUGGUUCUGAAACAGAAACAACUUCAGCUAUACUUGCUUCUGUUAAAGAGCAGGAGCUGCAGUUUGAAAGACUAACACGAGAACUCGAGGCCGAACGUCAGAUAGUUGCGAGCCAACUAGAAAGAUGCAAACUGGGGUCAGAAACUGGCAGCAUGAGUAGUAUUAGUUCCACGGAGGAACAGUACCGCUGGCAAACUCAAGAUGGUCAGAAAGAUAUAGAAGAUGAACUGACAACUGGCUUAGAACUGGUUGAUUCAUGUAUUAGAUCCCUACAGGAGUCGGGCAUACUUGAGCCACAAGACUUUUCAUCCAGUGACAGGCCCAGCCUCCUAUCCCAGAGUGCAAUUCAGCUCAAUUCUAAACCUGAGGGGUCUUUCCAGUAUUCAUCAAGCUACCAUAGCAACCAGACCAUUGCCUUGGGGGAAACAUCAGCAUUGCAGCUCCCAAGCCGGAGCAAUCAAGCCAGAUCUGCCAUUCAGAGCUAUACUCAAGGCACAAAUAGCAGAGUAGCUCAUACAUCUGGAUCUGAAUCUUCACAAUCACAUGCUGCCUCUCACUCGAGAGAGUCCUUUGUGCCAAGCCAUGGAAGUGCUUUCCAUUUGCCUGAUUCUCCGCAUUCUUCAACACUUUUUUAUUCAAGCUCAACUUUGCCAGCACAGAGAGUAAGCUCUCCCUUAUCAAUGCAGCAAGUAGGUUCUCCAACUAAGCUUCAGCGGGUGGGUUCUGCUUCUGAGAGUACUGGUUACAGCACCCUGCAGAGGGUUUCUUCACCAAAACAGUCUCCAAGCCGCCUUGCCAAGUCCUACAGCACCAGUUCACCUAUCAACAUCGUUGUAUCAUCUGCUGGCCUUUCACCUUCAUCUGUACGUGUGACCUCACCACCAACCAUUCAGUCAAAUAUAACUUCUUCACCUUUGCAUCAGUUGAGUUCAACUAUCGGUACAUAUGCUACUCUUUCACCUACAAAACGUCUUGUUCACUCCUCCGAUCAGUACAAUAAGCAUUCACAAGAACUAUAUGCCACAGCCACGUUGCAGAGACCUGGCAGUUUAGCAGGAUCUCGAGCAUCUUACACCAGUCAGCACAGUCACGAAUUAAGGGCAUUACAAUCACCAGAACAUCACAUAGAACCCAUUUAUGAAGACAGAGUUUAUCAGAAGCCACCAAUGAGAAGCCUAAGCCAAAGCCAGGGAGAUCCGUUAUUACCAGCACUUACCAGCUCAUAUCGCACCAACACAGACCUGGUUAACCAUUUUUGUGAACAGAUCCUCAGUUUUUUACUUUGUCCCUACUUUCCUGUCGUAGCCCCAUCUUCCCCUGGUGUCGACUCCGUACCUUUACAGCGUACAGGCAGCCAACAUGGCGCUCCGAACACAACAGGAACCUUCCAGAGGGCCAGCUAUGCUGCAGGCCCUGGCUCCAAUUACGCAGAUCCAUACCGACAGCUGCAGUAUUGUCCAUCGGUUGACUCACCCUACAGUAAAUCUGGCCCAGCAAUACCACCAGAAGGAACAUUAGCCAGGUCACCAUCUAUUGAUAGCAUUCAGAAAGAUCCAAGGGAGUUUGGUUGGAGAGAUCCAGAACUUCCGGAGGUAAUACAAAUGCUACAACAUCAAUUUCCUUCAGUACAGUCCAAUGCAGCUGCCUACUUACAGCAUCUAUGUUUCGGAGACAAUAAAAUCAAAGCAGAGAUAAGAAGACAAGGAGGAAUUCAAUUAUUAGUAGAUCUCCUAGAUCAUCGGAUGACAGAUGUCCAUAGAAGUGCGUGUGGAGCACUGAGGAACUUAGUAUAUGGCAAAGCAAAUGAUGAUAAUAAAAUUGCACUGAAAAACUGUGGUGGUAUUCCCGCAUUAGUACGGCUGCUCCGAAAGGCCACUGAUCUGGAAAUCAGAGAACUUGUAACAGGAGUCUUGUGGAAUCUUUCUUCUUGUGAUGCCCUUAAAAUGCCAAUAAUUCAAGAUGCCCUUGCAGUGUUGACCAAUGCAGUGAUUAUCCCACAUUCUGGUUGGGAAAACUCUAUACUCCAUGAUGAUCGCAAAAUACAAUUACACUCAACACAGGUGCUGCGUAAUGCCACUGGGUGCCUAAGGAAUGUGAGUUCCGCUGGAGAGGAGGCACGCAGAAGGAUGAGGGAGUGUGAUGGACUAACUGAUGCAUUGCUCUAUGUCAUCCAGUCUGCACUAGGAAACAAUGAAAUAGAUAGUAAGACCGUUGAAAACUGUGUGUGCAUAUUGAGGAACCUUUCCUACCGGCUAGCUGCAGAAACUUCUCAGGGACAGCAGAUGGGAACUGAUGAACUUGAUGGAUUGCUUUGUAGUGAAACCAACAGCAAAGAUACUGAAAGUUCAGGAUGCUGGGGCAAAAAGAAGAAGAAAAAGAAAUCUCUGGAUCAGUGGGAUGGAGUGGGACCCUUUCCUGAGUGUGCAGACCCACCAAAAGGAAUCCAGAUGCUAUGGCAUCCUUCAAUAGUUAAACCCUACCUCACACUUCUCUCUGAAUGCUCAAACCCAGACACCCUUGAAGGUGCAGCUGGAGCAUUGCAAAAUUUAGCUGCAGGAAGCUGGAAGUGGUCUAUUUAUAUUCGUGCUGCUGUCCGUAAAGAAAAGGGACUGCCAAUCUUAGUGGAACUUCUCCGAAUAGACAAUGAUAGAGUGGUAUGUGCAGUUGCUACUGCUUUACGGAAUAUGGCCUUGGAUGUCAGAAAUAAAGAACUAAUAGGCAAAUAUGCUAUGCGGGAUCUGGUGCACCGUCUUCCUGGGGGCAACAACUGCAACAACUUAACUAGCAAGACUAUGUCUGAUGACACUGUUACUGCUAUCUGCUGCACACUUCAUGAAGUCAUAACUAAGAACAUGGAGAAUGCUAAAGCCCUACGAGAUGCCGGAGGCAUCGAAAAACUAGUUGGCAUUUCAAAGAGCAAAGGAGACAAACAUUCACCGAAAGUUGUGAAGGCAGCAUCUCAAGUCCUAAAUAGCAUGUGGCAGUACAGAGAUCUCAGAAGUCUUUACAAAAAGCAGGAUGCCCCAGGCUUGAAAGUGAAUGAGGAAGGCGGAUAUUCACCCACCCUUCAGUCUGAGCCAGACAACGCUCUGUAUACUCUCUCCCAGGGCCAAGCGACCAGAAUCAAUUCCCAAAUCCAGGAUGGCUGGUCCCAGUAUCAUUUUGUAGCAUCCUCAUCAACCAUUGAAAGAGAUCGGCAAAGACCUUACUCUUCCUCCCGAACUCCCUCCAUAUCUCCUGUUCGCAUGUCUCCUAAUAAUAGAUCAGCAAGUGCCCCUGCAUCCCCUCGGGAAAUGAUCAACCUGAAGGAAAGGAAAGUAGACUACGAAUCAGCUGGAUCAAAUGCCACUUAUAAAGGAGAACACACAUCUAGAAAAGAUACUAUGACAGCUCAAAAUGCUGGAUCCUCAACAUUAUAUAGGAAUUCAUUUGGCGCACCUGCUGACGAUAUCAAACACAACCAGAUUUCUACACAGCCAGUUCCACAAGAAUCUAGUAGAAAAGACUAUGAAACUUACCAACCUUUUCAGAAUUCAACAAGAAAUUUUGAUGAUUCCUUCUUUGAGGAUCAGGUUCACCACCGUCCUCCAGCCACCGAGUACAAUAUGCAUCUGGGAUUAAAGUCAACUGGAAACUAUGUGGACUUUUAUUCUGCAGCUCGCCCCUAUAGUGAACUGAACUAUGAAACAAGCCACUACCCGGCCUCUCCAGACUCCUGGGUUUGAGACGCAGAUUAAGAAUCUGUGCAUGUGCAUGCAUAACAUAAGACAUUUUUCCUUGCAGAUUUAAUUUGUAAAGCCUGUUCCGUAGAAAGGCCCUAAUUAUCAUUGUGGAAAAUUGAUUAUGGUGUUUUAGAAGGCUGAUGUAAUGGGUACUAAUACUUCAUAGAAGGUUGUAAUUGCCAUAAGAGAUAAGUUAACAUUAAUAGCAGAAGGUUAGCUUCAAAACUAUGAAGCUGGGGUAUUUAAUAAAGCAUGGCAGCAAAGUUAUAUAACAGACGUAUGCUGCAUUAAUCUUUCACUGGUGCUUUAGUAACUGACCUCUAGUUAUGCGAUGCAUAGAUGGUGAGUAAGGAAUAUGCUUAGAGGGUGGUGGGAGAAAGGCACAUUGGAUGUGUGCUGAGGUGGCACAAUAAGCACAAGAGUGAAGUUUACCUAAUCUAUGGGGAACAGUCCUUCACAUUUUGUUUACUAUCCUCAUUGUGAAUCUAGGCUUCAAGUUGCAUUUGAGGUUUCCUCUGUACAGCAAGAUGUUUCUUGCUUUUUGUUAAUGCUUUGUUGUAAAGUAUUUGAUGUACAUUAUGGAUAAAGAAGAGUGCAUUGUGUAUAUUACACCAAUGCCACAGUGUUUCUUCAUCAGUGGUUCUAGAUAUUGCUUCAGUUCUUACAAUUUUUUGAAAAGAUGCGAGGAUUUCAAUCCACUUUGUUUUCCUUUGCCCCAGUAAGUUACAACAAGGUAAAACAGCAAACAAGACUAAAAUACUAUCUAGCAGUAUUGUAUGGUCUGAUAUGUGAAUUUGUUUGUGGCAACUAAACAAAGCAUUCAGUAAUUUCUGACAGAUAACACCAUCAUUUUACACUCUUUGUCAACAAAGUGCUUUUUCACUGCCUAAAAUUUUACAUGUAGAUAUUUGAAAUAGAUUUUUUUCAUUUUUACCAGUUUUCUUUAUGAUGAUACAGUGUUAAAAGAAAAUAAAUAACAAUUGAUCUGUCAUCCAUACUUGCCAAACAUGUCUAUUUCCAAAACAAAAAGCUACAAUGUAUCAAAGAUAUGUCUGCAUGUGUGUGAAUGCUUCUUAUUUUUUGGGUGAUUGCAUUUAAUCUUUGACAUUUACUACAGUACUCUGAUUUCCUUCUAUAGCAUAACAUAGACAUGUGACUCAUGUUUAUAAUAAUGCUAUCAACUACAUUACAAUAUGCUAAAUGAUAUGUCACCUUUCUAUGUACCAUGCAUGAACCAAACUGGAGAAAUCAUUUAAUUAUUAACAUUGAUCUUUGAUGUAUUCUACUACCAUGUGCCUUAGAGCUGUGAGUAUGUGAAACAUACAUUAUUAUUGUAUUAUAGCUUGUAUUAUGUUUAUUUAUGAAAUACUGUAAAUUCUGGAAAAGUUUCAUAUAAUGUAAGGCUGCACAGAGAUCUAGUCUAAAACCUAACCAAAGGCUAUGUACACAUUUGUGUUAAAAUGAUGCGGUUAUAACACAAUUUAAGACCAUGUAAAUGGCUAUGAAAAUAAAACGUAUCGUACCUAAUUAGACCAUACAUUUUUAAAUUGUAUAGAAAAUGUUUCGCAGCUUUGCGUUCUUUCAACAUUCUUUGUUACUUUUCAGUGGCUCUGACGCAAGUUAAUGCAUUUCUAAACUUAAUUUAGCAUGCAACAAUUUGAUUGCAAUGUGAUGCCAUAAGAAGCAUUUAUAGAUGUUUAUAGUUGUGUUUGGCUGAUUGAUAAAACAUUUUGUCUUGUUACAAAUGCAUGUUUAAAACAUACAUAUUGAAUGCACUUGUAAACUUAAAUGCUAUUUUAACAUGUGUUAAAAAAAAAUACACUGCAAACACCAAUGUGUAUAUAGCCUUAAAGAGUCACAAAUCCUCUAAUUAGUAGAACAAUAAGCCAGGCAUGUGCAAAUAUAAGUGAAGGGGAAAAAAUAAAGAUGUACAGUAUAUAAAGAAAAGACCAAUCGAGUUAUGGAUGAAAACAAGCAGUUGAGAGAUACUGUAUACAUAAACAAGUUUCAUUCAUAAAUGUACACUUUUAGCUAGGAGAGCUUAUCCCCUUAUUUAUCAAUGAGUGAUAAAUUUCACUGUGAGUGAUAAAUUGCACCUGCCAAUCCGAUUCUAACUGUCAUUUUUCAAACCCAGACUGUGACAUGGAAGUUAGGAGCGUAUUUGCUGGUGCAGUUUAUCACUCACAGCGAAAUGUAUCACUCAUUGAUAAAUAAGGGCAACAGUGUCUGGAUCAGUGGUUCCCAAACUUGGUUCUCAUGGACCCCCAACAGUUCAUGUUUUUCAGAUCACCUAGCAGGUGCACAGGUGCAGUCAUUACUCAUGGACACAUUUUAAAAGGUCCACAGAUAGAGCUGAUUAUUCCACUUGUGAUUCUGUGAGGAGACCUGGAAAACAUGAACUGUUAGGGAUUCUAGAAGACUGAGUUUGGGAAUCACCGGUCUUUCAAUUAAUGAAUAGGAAAAACAUAUAUAGAAGAUUGAUUGAAACCACUGGGAAAUAUCUGGAUGGCUCCAAGUAAUGUUAAAAUAUCAACAACUGCUUUCUUUUUUCAAAGACAACUAUAAAGGGAAGCAAGGUGGGCUUGAAUAAUGGCAUGCCACACUUACUAAUAAGGUAUUAUUAGAUAUCUUUAUUUACAUAGUGCCAAUAUAUUGCACAGCACUUUACAAAGAAUGUUUAAUAAUUAAAAGCAGCCCCUUACCGAGAUGAUUAAAUUCUCUACCACAUGCAUACUAUGGUCAAUAUUGGAGAUUAACUUACUAGUAUAGAUUUGGACUGGUCAAGGAAACGAGCAUGUAGUGUAAACCCUCACAAAAACAAGUAAACCAUAAUUCCAUAAAACGACCAGGUUGGAAUAAAACCCAUAGAGUCAGUGACAACAUAGCCUGUGUACCAGCUUACACUUUUCAAAACCCUAAGAGGCCCAAUUCCUCCUAAACCAGUUAGUGUAGUGUAGUGUAAGGGGAGUUUGCAUUUGAGUGGUGGAUAUUGAGGAGGAUGAUCAGUCUGCUGAUUGGCUCCUCUGACUUAUUUCUCAUACUGCUGCAUAACAAGCUAAACACAAGGUUGUGAUAUAUAUGUUUUCAUUAAUUUCCAUUUAAUAUAUUUCAUAUGUCUUUCAGAUUAGAUCAUUAUUUAGACUUUUAAUGCAUGAAUAUACUGUGGCUAAAAUUAUUGGAAGAGUAAUGGAAAACAUUUUUACAUUGUUAUGCUUAUAAAAUAUUGAAUACGUAUUUACUAGUUUUAUCUUUAUGGGACAAAAUAAUGAUAAUAAUAUUGCUAGCAAAAUUCUAGAAUACAUUGGAACCAAAGUAAGUGGGUGGUGUUUAAUAAGAAAUCAUUAUGUAAUUGAAAUCAGCAAAAGCAAAAAUAUGCAGAUGCUCAUGUCACAUGUUUCAGUAAUUUGCUUGUAUAUAAUUAGAUGUUAUAUUUUUACUUUAAAUGUCAUGUAAAAAAAACAUACUAGAAUAUGAUUGAACCUACAAUAAAUUACUUUUUCAUUUGUU